UUCCGACCCAGUCGCAGGGAUAGUGGCAGCUUCAUCAGUGGAGAUAUUUGUUUUGCCCGGAUAAGACGGAACGUCAGCCGCAAAAGUCCCGCAGAAGGUGUGUUUUAUUUAGCCCCCAACUCCAUUAGUGCUGUAUCAGGGGGAAAAGGGAGGCAACCAGCAGCGGACGGAAGAGGACGCACUACAGCCAGAGCGCACAUACACUGUUGUAUUUGUUGGACACACGCAUGCCAGCGAAAACUAGUGCUCUCCAGACCUAAGGAACUGGUUUAGAUAAGGAGAUAGCGCUGUUUGGGAGGCGAUUUUUAAUAAUCCAGCGGAGGACGUUCAAAUGGGCUGUUCUGUACUGCUCUGGGGAUUUUCUACUUCUUUGCUCCUGCGGGAAUGCGAAGGGAGGAAAUCCAGCCUCAGUCCUAAAUAACCAGAGACUCUUAACUGGGUCUGCACUCCAAACGCAGGAAAUACGGCCUGGGAAAAAAGUUUGGAAGAUUUUGGAAACGAAAGGGGAGGGGGGGCUAUAGCUGACGUUUUGCACGCGUUUUUACGAAUUUUAACUAAUCCAAUUACGCGCUCCUAUUUCUUUUUCACUUUUUGUGGCACAGUGUAAUCUUAAGGAAAGCAAUCAUUUGUUACAUGCUGUAGGUGUUGUUAUUGCAAGAGUUUUGAUCAUCACUAUUUAUAGACCAGCCUGCUCCGACCGAGACUGUUCCUCAUAGCUGUAUGUUUUGCCAACUGCGCGCAACAAGUUGCAGACACUCCCAGCAGAGGCAAACCUACGCUAAUUUGGGCCAGCGGAUGGUAUUUUUUGCGCUUCUCUUUUUGGACUACGCGUCUUUGAAUAGCACAUACCCCUCCCCGACCCCCUCUUUGGAAGGCAGAGGGGGAAUAUACAGUGGAGAUCCGGAGAGGGAGUUCAGGAAAGGACGGGGCUGGAUCCGUGGGAUUAGGCCUGUCUGUCAGGCCUUUUAUGAUCUGGGUCUUGGACUGGACAGAGCUCCAAAAUAUCACAGACUUUAAUAUUUGCGUGGACUCGCUGGAGUAAAGAUGGAAGGAGGAUAUAUGGGAUUAAUCAAUGGAAAUCCUUAGCACACUGAGCCAUACCUGAGCAGGGAUGUAGUGGAAGGUAGAGCCGUUUUUAUUUCAGAUCACCAAAAUUAACUCAUUUAACCCUUUUCCACAUGUUUAAAGCUUGGCAUUACUUUAUUUUUAUUUGUAAGGUUCACAGUAGACUGUAUAUUGUUGGAGACUAGUGAUCAAUUGUAAGUUAUUAUUUUACCUGAAGUAUAAUUUUAAUAGUUUUGCUGCUUUAAACCGACAACCUACCGAGAUUAUUCAUUUCAACACUUUUCCAAUGAGCACUGUAUGGCAGUGCCACACAAACAAUAGGAUUUUAGGUGGUUUUUCAUAAGGGAAAGGAAAUGUAAAUGGGCAAUUUGUGCGCACAGUGUAACUUUUGUUGCCACUUGCAGUGCAACACCAACUGUUGACAGUCAUCUGUAUGUGCUCACACGAUGAAGACCUGGACCUGAACGCUGUCUUUUCGGAAGUAAACAUCUGUACGUUUUCCUGACGUUGUGUGACUUUGUAAUGUCAGCAGUAUCGACACACUGCGCACAUCCAGAGGAGGUCAUUUCCAGUCAUGUAACGUCAGGACUCACUUGAUGGAGGCAUAAAAAUCCCGUUGCAUCAUUAAACAGUCCUUUUCCGAGAAGGAUGUUCAAUUCAGGAGGCAGAAAGAGUGAUGACAGUGUUUUUACCGCAGCUGGAGAGAACACCGGGCUCAAACCCAGAGCCUCUUUGGAGAAGGAUACAUGUAAUGUGAGUACUGACGCAAACCCGGAGCCAGAUAAUGAACUGCUCAAGAAACUGGAACGGUGCGUCUUGUGUGAGUGAUUGUACAGGCUUCUGUGUGCGUAGCAAAGACGUCUGUGCCGUGCUCACCAUUCAUGCAGUGUGAUUAUUCCAACAAACACCUUUGCACUCUCCCUCUCUCUCUCUCCUUUUUCCGUCAGCCUGCCUGCCCCUGUCAUACCGCCGCCUCCUCCCUCCUUCACGGUGCCACAUGUGCACACACGGCGCCCACGCACGGCGUUUAAUUGCCUGAGCGCCUUCAGAGGAGAAGAUUAAUAUUUAAAACAUCGUCCGCACCCCCCCCCCCCUCUUUAUCGCGUCACACCAGUCAAUAUGGCCACUCUGCAACAUCACCGGCAGCUUCUCAUGCAUGGCACGGAAGUGAGCUGCGACUCCAGCGGGGAUGGUGCCGUGACCGUGCGGAUUACCAACAGCGCACCACACAUGCAUCAACAUGAGUCACUGAUGGCUGCCAACAGUGGAGGAGGAGGAGGAGGAGGAGGAGGAGCUGGAGGCUAUGGGGCUGUGAGUAAAAUGAACCCUAACCUCCACAAAUACAGCAUCUCCUCCAGCUGCAGCUCAGCAGACUCCAGACCAGCUGGGACUUCCACUUCAAGGGUGCACAGGAAGGCGCCACCGCUGUUUGAGAGGUCUGCUGCCCAGUGCUGGGACCCCAAGUUUGACUCCCCCAUACUGGAGGAGGCAUGCCAGGAGAGGUGUUUUCCUCAGACGCAGCGGCGCUUCCGAUAUGUCCUGUUCUAUCUAGCAGUGGCAGCUGUACUCUGGGGGUUGUACUUUGGUGUCAAUAAUGAUCGCUGUGAUCCCAUGGCCUUCCUGGUCCCCACAGCCUCUUUUUUGGUCCUUUUAGUGCUCCUCUUUUUGUUCACGCUCACCCAGCCCUACACACGACUGUAUAACCAAACUUCCCUGCUCCUCAUUGCUGUCACCUUUGCCAUCACCUUAGCUCCACAAAUACAGACUGCAGGUUACACUGAACUGGAGUGGGCUGGUGGUGGGAAUGCUUCAGUUCUCUCAGCAGCACCACUCAAGACCCCUUGCAUCUCCCCUGUGGGCACUUUUUCUCUGUGCAUUGAAGUGCUGUUGUUGCUAUACAGUGUCCUCCACGUGCGCCUGUAUGCCUCUGUACUGCUGGGGCUCCUGUAUUCUAUACUAUUUGAGGCAUUGGGGUGGUUACCAUUGCUGCAAAGGGGGACAGGGUUGGUGGGUUCUGGAUCUGAUUGGGAAGAAGACACCCUUCGUUGGCUGGGCCCAGCUAAAACUCUGCUCCAUUUGUGUGCCCAUGUCAUUGGCAUCCACCUGUUCAUCAUGUCAGAGGUGCGUUCUCGCAGCACCUUCCUUAAAGUGGGCCAGGCUAUCAUGCAUGGCAAGGACCUGGAGGUUGAGAAGGCCCUAAAAGAACGCAUGAUCCACUCUGUGAUGCCUCGGAGAGUUGCAGAUGAACUGAUGAAGCAAGGUGAUGAUGAAGGCGGUGGUGGGGAGAACUCUGGCAAGCGUUACUCCUCUGGUGCCUGUUCUGCUUCAGCUGUCUCAGUGGGGGGGCCAGGAAGCAGUGGAGCCUCACAAUCCCAAAGUGCCAUAAGCCCUAGGAACCACCCUCACAACAAUCACAAACGCAAGAAGACCUCCAUCCCGCGUGGACAGAUAAUAUUCCGGCCUUUCAACAUGAAGUGCAUGGAGCCAGUCAGCAUUCUCUUUGCAGAUAUUGUGGGUUUUACUAAAAUGUCUGCCAAUAAGUCAGCCCCAGCCUUAGUGGGUCUUCUGAAUGAUCUGUUUGGACGUUUUGACCGCCUCUGUGAAUUAACUUGUUGUGAGAAGAUCAGCACUCUGGGAGAUUGUUACUACUGUGUAGCAGGCUGCCCCGAGCCCAGACCCGAUCAUGCCUACUGCUGUGUGGAGAUGGGUCUGGGUAUGAUCCAAGCCAUUGAGCAGUUCUGCCAGGAGACAUGUGAGACUGUCAGUAUGCGCGUCGGUGUCCACACGGGUACCGUCCUCUGUGGGAUCUUGGGAAUGAAGCGAUUUAAGUUUGAUGUAUGGUCAAAUGAUGUCAAUCUUGCUAACUUGAUGGAGCAGCUGGGUGUGGCAGGGAAGGUCCACCUGUCAGAAGCCACCGCCCUUUUUCUGGAUGACCGCUACCAGAGGGAGGACGGGCGGGUCGCAGAGAGAGCUGGGCAGAGUGCAGUGGAGAAACUAAAGGGACUGAGGACCUACCUGAUCUCAGGAAGGAAGUUGGAGUACGAUGCACAGUGCAGCUGCUCUCAGGUGGGGUUGCCAAGUGGGGAUUUUAUGGGGAUUGGCCUGUUGUCCUGUCCUCAGACACACACUCCAGACAUCAUCCCUGGUGGAGCACAGGCCACUGAUCCACUGCUGCCCCUCCAACCACCAGACAGGAAAGGCCCUGCUUGUGUGUCUCGUGGUGUGGUUUUGCCUUCGGGGGCAGAGCAGGGUGAUGAAGUGGCUGUGCUGAAUGGCUGCCAGGAAGAGCACAAGACCAGCAGUGCCAAAUUCAUCCCUGGUCACAGCCCUAGGGCAGCCAAUGGCCUCCUCAGCCCCCCAUUGGAGGAUCCUGUGCGGGCAAGCCAGAGCUCCCUGUGCGACAUGCUUCAGGAGAAAGAGAAGAAGACAAGCACAAGCACGGGAACCGGCACCAGCCUGGGCAUGGCAGGUGGCACGGGGGGGACGGGUACAGGCAUGGACCACUCCGCCCUGAUCCAGCUGCGUGCCAAGAACUUCAGAGAGAAGAGUGACGCCCACUUUGUAGAUGUUAUAAGAGAGGACAGUCUCAUGAAGGACUACUUUUUCAAACCUCCGAUCAACAAGAUCAGUCUCAACUUUCUAGAGAGACCUUUGGAAAAGGCUUAUCGCAGCAGCUAUAAGGAGGAGGUGAGAAACCAAACUCAGGUGCAGACCUUUGCCAGCUCCACCUUCAGCUCAUUCCUGGAUGUUCUUCUCAGCUGUUUUUUCUUCCUGGCUCUGACCCUGGCUUGCUUCCUUCCACCGCUGGUGAGCCCUGCCACCGUGGGCCCUCCAGCCGUUGCUGCCCUGGCCCUGGCCCCCCUGGCCGGCUUGUUGGAGCUCUCCUCCCUUGUGCUCUCUAUACGUAUGGCCUUCAAUCUGGAGGAUGUGAUGAACUGUACCCACUCCCUGCUUCUGAUGGUCUCAGGCUGGGUCCCCCGCCAUGUGAUCGGAGCUGUGUUGGUCUCCCUUCCUGCCAUUUCUGUCUUGUCCCAUCUUACCUGCAGCGUCCAUCUCCCCCUACAGGUGACUAUGUUCCUGUGCUGUGCCACCAUCCUGGCGAUCAUUCAGUACUGCAACUUCUGUCAGCUGAGUUUUUGGAUGCGCUCAGUACUGGCCACUGUCAUAGGGGUUGCCCUGUUGCUAUUGCUGUACAGCCCAUUGCACAGAGUUAACCUCUCCACAUCGAGUGAUGGUGGUUCCACAUUCAUCACUCCAGCAUCUGGCCCUGACCCCCAUCCACGACCUCUUGAUCUCCUGGUCCCAGAGGCUGUUCUGGCCUUCUUCCUGCUUCUCCUCCUGGUCUGGUUCCUCAAUCGGGAGUUUGAGGUCAGCUACCGUCUCCAUUACCAUGGAAACGUUGAGGCUGACAAGCAUCGUUCCAAAAUCCAGACAAUGCGAGACCAGGCUGAGUGGUUACUGGGAAACAUUAUCCCCAUCCAUGUCGCUGACCAGCUUAAGGUCACCCAGAGCUACUCCAAGAACCAUGACAGUGUAGGUGUGAUAUUUGCCAGUAUUGUGAACUUUAGUGAGUUCUAUGAAGAAAGCUAUGAAGGUGGAAAAGAAUGCUAUCGUGUCCUCAAUGAGCUAAUAGGAGACUUUGAUGAGCUCCUUCGCAAAGAUGAAUUCUGUAGUGUGGAAAAGAUUAAAACUAUUGGUGCAACCUACAUGGCAGCGUCAGGACUGAAUGUUCGACAGAUGGCUGAAAAUGAGGAUGAAUCUCCUCAUGCUCAUCUAAGGGCACUUUUCAACUUCGCCCUGGAGAUGAUGGGUGUCCUUGAUGACUUCAACAAGAACAUGCUGGGUUUUGGUUUCAAGCUCCGCAUCGGAUAUAACCAUGGGCCACUGACAGCGGGGGUGAUUGGCACAACUAAGCUGCUCUACGACAUCUGGGGAGACACGGUCAACAUUGCCAGUCGUAUGGACUCCACUGGUGUGGAGUGUCGGGUGCAGGUGAGCGAGGAGAGCCAUGCUGUGCUCAGCGCUAUGGGCUUAGAGUUUGACUAUAGAGGUACUGUGAAUGUUAAGGGCAAAGGUCAAAUGAGGACCUUUCUUUACCCCAAAAGUGGGGACAGUUUAUGCCAGGAUCACACAGAGGUGGGAGUCAACGUUGGACCCUUAACUGUAGCAUCACCGGCAAAUAAGACUUCACAGUUGGUUGCCCACGCUUCAGCUUUUCCUCCCUCUUCUACUCUUUCCUCCUCAUUUUCCACUCUCCAUUCUCAACCACAAACCGCUGUAAGGCCUUCGGGAGCAGGACCUGAGCCAGUCCCAGCUAAUUCUGCAGAGGUGAGGGAGGAAGGAUAUAGGGACGCUCCACACCUUCCUGAGCAAUCUCCUGCAACAGACCUUCAGCUCCCUUCCUCCUCUGAACUAGGUAGAGAACCUAGUGCUGCACAAGUGCCCUCCCAAGUGCAGCCUCCUCCUCUUGCACUUCAAGAAGCAGAGGAUGAAGAGGAGGCAGAUGAGCUCACAAAACUCAAUGAGGAGUUUUAUGCUCGUCUCUGAUCCACUCUCUCUCCUUCCCCUGUCUGCUGUGCCCAGCUGCUGUCUCUACAGAACUGUUAGCAGGUGUGGGCAGGAUAUCCCUUCCUGGUAUGGGUGAAGUGUCUUUGGCACGGAUAAAGAAGGUGUUGGUCUUUCCAACACAAACCGUGGCAACAGUAGCUCUAAAAAUGGAUACUAACUUUGAGACUUCACAGGAACUUUGCCUGAGUGCUUAGGUGUUUAGACCUGUGUUGAGCACAGCAGUAUAUAGAGGAGAAGGGAGCAGUUUUCUUGGUGUUGUUGAUGUUUUUUUCUUAUUCAUUUUUGUUAUCAAGUGCCUUCAGGACUAGAACAGUGAGCAAACAAAUAUGAAUACUGAACAAAGUUUUAAAAAUCUUCAUAUGGGUUUUUCCCAUAAGACACAGACUAUGGAACAUGCUGUGGUUUCUUACUCCAUGCUUUUAUUUUCAAUGCAAGUAUUUCUUAAAGAAAAAAAAAUCAUUAUUGUUGUGCCAUAUCAUUUGUUUUAACUUGAUCAAAGUCUUGACCUUACUUAAGGGAAAAUAAUUUUAGAAUCUGUAUAAGUGCCAGUGCAGCAUGAUGGGUUGAGCAGGGAAUUAUGGGAAGAAUGAGGGAAUCACAUGAAGCAGUAUUAAUUUAUGUAUUCUGCUUUGACAUGAGGGCUUAAUACAGUAUUCAUUUGUGCUAAAGCCUCCGUAAAAGGGGACACACUACAUAACAGGCUGCAUAGAUUUUAGUUUGUGUAGCAGCUAAAUGCACAUUUUAAGCACAGGUCUUGCACAGUGUUUCUCGACCACUUGUAUUUGGAUGUUAUUACCGUGACAUUACGUUUAUGAGAGUCACAAAAAGUACAAUCAUAAGCACAAAAUCAAAUCAUAAGGGAAUAGAUUAGGAAAGAGAAGUGAGACCAUCGAAAAGCAGAACGGCACUUUAAAUAUACUUAAAGUGAUACUCUAAUAACAUUUGAGUAUGAAACUCUGAACACCUGUAGAUCUCAAAGGUGGCUGAACAGCGUAGAACCAUAGUCGACUCUUCUGCUGCCUGUUUUUAUUUAAAUUUGUUCGUGUUCAAUUAGAUAGACUGAAUGUUCUGCUCUGACCUUCUUGCACAAGCUGGUCUGCUUUUGAGUAUCAGUGUCGCUCUGGUGUGACUGAAAGCCGUUCUUCUGCUUAAAAGACCUAAACACGCCUAAACGCUCUGCAGCCUUUGUUAUACUCUACAGGUGGGUCAGUGUUUGAUGGGUUCAAUUAGCUUGAGUAUCACUUUAAGUGGGACUGUGAGGGACAAUCACUGUGUAUAGUAACUCUUGAUAGAUUAUGAUAGGACGGUCCGCAUUGCUGUUUGAUUAAAGUGUCAAAAUGCACAGAUCAGCUUCACUUUCUACAGUACUGUGUGUAAAACGUCAGACUCUUAUUUUGUUGCCUUCAUUGCCAGAGAGUAAAACAAAACUGGUCAGUCCAUCACUAUAGAUUUAUUAAAUAGUUAAGAAUUGUCUGCCUUUCGCUGUGUGAUUUGCUGUUGAAGGUUUGUGACUUUAUCCUGUCACAGCCUCUUUACCGAGAGGUCCCUCUACUGUAUCAAUAUUCUUAAAGUGUGCCACUUUAAUUGAGUGAUCUAUAGGUGCAGUGCAACCUAAACUAGUUGAUUGUUUUGUGGUGCCUAAAGUAUGACUGUAUUUUUGAGUAUUUUGGUUUUCGGAAAAUUUUGUAUCAUGCUGUUGUCACAGUGAGGAUAGCUUAUGAUUGUAUGUUUGAGGAAAUUGUGUUUGUCAGGCAGGAUUUGCUGCAUUUUUUUCUCUUUUUGACAAAUUCCAUCAUUUUUUUUCUUUUCCCAUUUUAAUAAUCUCAUUGGUUGUCUAAGUAGUACGGUGGUGUUCCCAAUGAAUCGCUGGAACCUCUGUUUUACUCUUUGCUCUUUACUCAUGCUUCACCUUGUUUCCCCUUAUACUCUUUGUGUGUGUGAGUGUAUGUGUGUAAGGAAAAGAUUUCAGUUUUUCAUGAAGUCAGAUUAAUGUAAUGAUACAAAAGAAAACCAGUCAGCUUCAUGGUCCCUGUUGAUGUGUGUAAUUUCAUUGUAGCUGCCUUUAUCUCUACAAAAGACUUACAAAGCCCUUAGGUUAAAAAAAAAAAAAAAAAAAAUUCCUGCAAAUACAUAUCACCACCACAUCUUUUAGUGUCUGGUCAACAUUUGGGACUGACAUAUCUUGCCUUGAGAAACGGUAUCCGCACAGUAAUACUGGAAGGAAAGAAAGAACCAUCUCUAAUAUGUAGCAGUCUACAUCUGUAGCAUAGAAAGCAUCUUUGUUUACCUCUACCAUUGUGCAUUCAGAAAUACACAGCAGUGCCUUUUGUAAUUAGGAAUAUUGUCAAGCAAUGUGUAUGAACUUUGAGUAUUUGCAUCAAAUAAUUGUAAUAAUCCUAGAAGCAUAAAUACUCUGAGAAUCCAAAGAUGUUCUGCUGUUUUAAAAUAUCUUUGAAUGGGCAUCGUAAAUCUGGUUCUUGUAUAUUUGCACAUGAUCGUAGUUGCCAAAUUAAAAAAAAAAAAAAACGAUAAAAAAUAAAAAAAAAUAAACCAAAAACGUGAUGUAAAUUUAAAGAAAUAUG